AUUACCAGAUUAUUCCAGAAAUGGAUCCAAUGGAUCCUAAUCCGCAACCCGGAGCUAAAAAUGCCAGGACGGGCCGGAGUAAGAGAAGAUCGUCUAUACUCAAGAUGCCGACCAAUAACAGGGCGAUUUUACAGGAUAUUCAGACAAAUAUUGUGACGACUGAGGCAAUAGGACCCGGAGUGGGCGGGACAAAGCCUAAAUCUAGGCGUGUCAGUUUUUCCAGAACCCAGCAGGUUAAGGAGUUCCAAGUAGGUUCCCAGACAUUAACAAUCUGGAACAAUACCUACGAAGAGGAUCAUGGGAACGGUUCUUCAGUUACCAAUAUCACAGGAUCACAAUUACAAGGUUCGGUUCCACUCCACAUUAAUAUUCCUGAUGCGAACAGUCCUAACAAGUUUCUCCCCUCCGAUCCUAAACUUGAUACCUCCGACUUCCUCCAGAGUCUCGGAGGAGGAGCUGGAGGUGUUGAAGGAGCUGGAGAUGAACCUGAGGAAUUCUAUGCCCAGAGUUUUAUUGAUAUGGAUAGGACCUGCCGGGAUGAAGUUACAAUGUGCAGAACGAUGAAUGCAUCAGACCUUGAAACUACUGAAAAUGAUGAUGACAAAAUUGAUGCAAUGGGGUUUUUGUCUGGAUGGAAAACUGAACCGAAGGGAAAUAAUCUAACAUGUCAUAUGGAUAUGACAUGUAAAAUGGAUGCCACCAACAAGAUGGAUAUGACCUGUAAAGUGGACGUCACCCAUAAAAUGGAUAUGACCUGUAAGCUUGGUUUGACUGGUCCUACAGAGGAGAAGGACGAGGAUGAAGACGAUGAAGUAAGGAUGGAGAUUACGUGUGCUCAAACUCGGGGUGGAGUGACUAGUAUGGAUGUAACCUGCAGGAUAGAUAAGACAAAGGAUAUGCAUUUAACCUGCCAGACAGGAGAUUGUAAUAGGAUACCAGAAGGGAAACCUCUUUCAAACUUUUCCUCUUUAGACCUCGUAGAAUCCGAAGAUAUUAACUGGACUCGCGAUACCGUUUUUUCGGAACCCCCCGUCAAAGAUCAAUUCGGCGAAGACGGUUUAGGAUCUGGCAGCUCAUCGUUUGACGGCGGAGCAACGGCAACUGUAAAGUUUAGCGCAUUAGCCUUGGCGAACAAUACUCUUCUUCUCCCUCAUAGAGAAUCCCAGGAGGAUGAGGAGAACAUGCCUUCUGUCCCUGUUCAGAUGAUUAAUUAUAAUCCGUUGGAACCAAUUUCUCGACCCCUAAACAGAUCUGCUGAUAGCCCUUCAGAUAUGGAUCUAUCGAGAGCUACAAGCAAUAGAACUAUUGCUCAACCAUCAGAUAUGGAUCUAACCAGAGCUACAAGCAAUAGAACUAUUGCUCAACCAUCAGAUAUGGAUCUAACUAGAGCUACAAGCAACAGAACUAUUGCUCAACCAUCAGAUAUGGAUCUAACUAGAGCUACAAGCAAUAGAACUAUUGCUCAACCAUCAGAUAUGGAUCUAACUAGAGCUACAAGCAACAGAACUAUUGCUCAACCAUCAGAUAUGGAUCUAACCAGAGCUACAAGCAAUAGAACUAUUGCUCAACCAUCAGAUAUGGAUCUCACCAGAGCUACUAGCAAUAGAACUAUUGUUCAACCAUCAGAUAUGGAUCUCACCAGAGCUACAAGCAAUAGAACUAUUGCUCAACCAUCAGAUAUGGAUCUCACCAGAGCUACUAGCAAUAGAACUAUUGCUCAACCAUUAGAGUUGGAGCUAACUAGGUAUGGAGCUACAAGCAAUAUUAUCAAUGCCCAACCGUAUGAGAAUAAUAAGAAUCAACACCUAGCUCCUGAGAGAUCUCUGAGUAAAAUUGAGAUGGACAAAUUACUUCGAGAACAGUUUCCGUCUCCUGUAGGGUCCCCUGAACCCACUGCAAUCCUGGGAAUGAUGCCGAGGUUUAACAAAUCUAUCAAUUUCAAUGAUGAAUUGACAAGUUUCGCACCUAAGGGAGAAAGUACAAGAAUGAUUAAUUUCAAGGUUUCUGUUCCUGAUCUGUCUCCAGUUCAAGGUUUAAACUCUUCUCCCUUGGACAUAACCAGCUUUGCUCCUAGCAUCCAAAGUACUAAAAGGAUCGACUUCAGGAUUCCUAUGCCGGAGAAACCCCAAGUUGCAAGCUUGAGUCCGUAUCCUCAGGACGUUACAAGUUUUGCUCCAUGUAUAGAGAGCACAAGGAAAAUAGAUUUUCUUAUUCCUCCUCCAGACAUUUCUCCGGUUAGAUCUGUUAACAGAUCUGCAGAUAAUGAUAGGUCUAAUCAAGGAAGUCCCACCAAGUACUUUAACGGAGAUGUCACUAGUUUUGCUCCAGCAGUAGAGAGUACUAGAAAGAUAAACUUUCCCAUCCCAUCCCUGAAGAUUUCUUCUGUCAACCAGAAUAUGGAAGAAUCAUUACUCCAAGGUGAACCUAAAUCUCAAGUUAUCCAUGAGAGUAUGCAUCCCCGGCCUGAACUAGAAGAUCUACAGAACUUGACCAGCUCUCCAGGGAAAAGAAAGAUUGAUCUUCCUGAAUAUCUUUCUCCGAGUAAGAAACAGAAUCUUGAACUCCAGACUCAAAACCAUAUUGCUCCUUCGUUGUCUGAGAGAGAGGACGGAGACAGUGUGUACAACCCUGAGCCUAUGGUGUCCCAUCAUGUACAUACAACUGCCCAACUGAGCGAAGAACUAGUACAUGAUGUUAUCGAGAUGAAUACAGAAACUAGACAACAAGGACUAAACACAGACAGAAUACGUGUUGAAGCUGUAGAUAAAAAUCAUUAUUCCCAUCUUAAAGUUCUUGAUAUGGUAAAAUCUAAUAUCCCUGAAGACAACACUGAAAACAAUGAUAAUAUUCCUGAAUCACCUAAGGUUAGUGAACAACCAAUGGAAAAUAACAACACACCCGAAAAUCAAGAAUGUAUUCAAGACUUAGAAACUAUUCAGGAAUCUACACAGCACAAACAUACAGACGAGGAUACAAGUAUUAAAGUCGACCAAGCUUCUGCUAAUGAGGACCUUAAAAAUGGGACUGGACAUAAAACCGAAGUGGUCACUGAACCUGAUCACACAUCUUAUGCUAAAGAUGGUAUCAAUGAUAGAAGUAGACUGAAGGCUGACGUGAUCACUGAAGCUGAUCACAAUCCUACCGCUAAUGAAUUUAUCAAUGAUGAAAGUAGACUGAAGGCUGACGUGAUCACUGAAGCUGAUCACAAUCCUGCCGCUAAUGAAGAUGUCAAUACCGAAACUGAACUUGGUACAGCUAAAAUCAUAGAUCCUGUUCACAAACCUUUUGCUGCUGAUUAUUUGAAGACUGGAGCUGUAAUAAAUACAGAUGAGAUUCUAAAACCUGUUCCGAAUCCUGUCCAAUCUGAGAUUGUACCUGUCAAGACAGUGAAAAGGAGAACGGAAGUACUCCAAGUUAAGAUUAUUGGAGUGUUUGAUGAGUUAAUCCUAAGAAAUUCCAGAAGAGAUGAGAAAGGAACCUGGAGUUUAGAGGAAUUUGAUGAGUCCCUCAAAUAUGGUGUAUUCAGUUGGAUGCAUAAAGCUCUUGCAUUGGUUGUUAUACUCGACACAAAGCUGGUUCCCAAAAGCUCCCGUCGAAGUGAGGGCUGCCUUGUGACCCACUAUACGAUUAAAAGUCUUGAACUCUGUAAUAUCCGAUCCAGUUUUGAGGACCCUGCUUUAGAUAUAGCUAUCCACACGAUCCUACGCCACUUCCCUGCAGAUCAACUGAUGAACAAAUGUCCGAACACUCAUAGUUUGCGCGCUCUUCUCUCCGGGAUAUCAGAUCUAGUUCCUCCCGCGCUCUUACUCUACUCCGCACUCAACCAGAUACAGAGAUUCAACCUUACUACCUUCACUGGAUACACAGUACAUGUUGAUUUUGCAUCUCCUAUCCUUGAAUGUAGUUUCCGGUUGAAACUGAACUAUCAGGAUGGAAUUGCAAGCUCUAUGAGAACCCUGAGCAUCGAGCCAAACCUUGGGAACAAUUUUGAAUUAGAUCCCGUGAAAAAGAUAAUUCGAUCCUGUGAAAUGGGACCCAGUAUGUGCGCUGAGGUGUGUGGGACUGUAUGGGAAUAUAUCACAAAUCUAGAGAGAAUCAGAGCUAAGAAACUACGCCGUUAAAGAAUCAACUAGUCUAAAAUAUGAAUACAAAUAUUUCAUUUUUUAAUGAAGAAAAUCUGGUUUUUCACAAUUUUUAAAUCUGUAAAUAUUGUAAAAUUAUAAUUUUAAGUUCUUUUUCAUCAAUCCCUACAAAUUAAUAGAUGCCAAGCAAUAAUAUUUUUGUAAUUCUUUGUCGAAAGCAGCUAAAUAUCUCGCCGUUGCAGGACGGGUAUCAGUGUCAAUAUUUAAAUUCUAGUUUUAAAAGAAGUAUUUUGAACGUUUGUUUUGCCUUCUUUCCUCUUGUUUGUGAAAUUAAUUAAUAAAAAAUAUAUUUAUUUUAUUUUUAUCGACCUGAAAAAAUAUAAGAUUCUAUUAUUUGAAAGGAAUAAAGUUGUGAAAGUUA